GAGUUGGGGGACUAUUGUCCAGAGGAACUGAAGACUGGCUAUGUCACGGAGUUUCGGUUUAUUCCUCAUCAGACACCGGAGUUUGAACAACUAGCAAGCGAUUGGCACAUAAAAUACAGAGCAGGUAAUCUGGGCGUGCGCCAUGUCGGUUAA